AUGCUCGGGAUGUGGAGGCUGCUGCGGGUUUUCUGGGGAGUCUUCUUUGUGUUCUGGGCAGCGUUUCUGAACACCACCCUGGUGGAUGUGGUCGGCUCGGAGCAGCAGAUCCCCCUGUCCGUCGUGAAGCUCUGGGCCUCAGCUUUUGGAGGAGAGAUCAAAUCCAUUGCAGCUAAGUACUCAGGUUCCCAGCUUCUGCAGAAGAAAUACAAAGAAUAUGAGAAAGAUGUUGUAAUAGAAGAAAUAGAUGGCCUCCAGCUUGUGAAAAAGCUCGCAAAGAAUAUGGAGGAGAUGUUUCAUAAAAAGUCUGAAGCUGUGCGGCGUCUUGUUGAAGCUGCAGAGGAAGCUCAUCUAAAGCAUGAAUUUGAUGCCGAUUUGCAGUAUGAAUAUUUUAAUGCAGUCCUUAUAAAUGAACGAGAUGAAGAAGGAAACUUUCUGGAACUGGGGAAGGAGUUUAUUUUAGUGCCAAAUGACCAUUUUAAUAAUUUGCCUGUGAAUGUCAGUCUGAGUGAUGUUCAAGUACCAACCAACAUGUACAACAAAGAUCCAGCGAUCGUUAAUGGUGUUUAUUGGUCAGAAUCCUUAAAUAAAGUUUUUGUUGAUAACUUUGACCGUGAUCCCUCUCUCAUAUGGCAGUAUUUUGGGAGUGCAAAAGGAUUUUUCAGACAAUAUCCAGGUAUUAAAUGGGAACCAGAUGAAAAUGGAGUUAUUGCCUUUGACUGCAGAAACCGAAAAUGGUAUAUCCAAGCAGCCACUUCUCCAAAAGAUGUAGUCAUUUUAGUGGAUGUUAGUGGUAGUAUGAAAGGACUCCGUCUGACAAUUGCUAAGCAAACAGUGUCUUCUAUUUUGGAUACCCUAGGAGACGAUGACUUCUUCAACAUAAUUGCUUAUAAUGAAGAACUUCACUAUGUCGAACCAUGCCUUAGUGGAACAUUAGUUCAAGCAGACAGAACCAAUAAAGAGCACUUCAGGGAACACCUUGACAAGCUUUUUGCCAAAGGGAUUGGAAUGCUGGCUAUAGCUUUGAAUGAAGCCUUCAACAUGCUCAAUGAUUUCAACCACACAGGACAAGGGAGUAUUUGCAGUCAGGCUAUCAUGCUUAUUACCGAUGGGGCAGUGGAUACCUACGAUACAAUCUUCGCCAAAUAUAAUUGGCCGGACCGGAAGGUUCGCAUAUUUACAUAUCUGAUAGGAAGAGAAGCUGUUCUUGCUGAUAACCUCAAAUGGAUGGCCUGUGCUAACAAAGGUUUUUUCACUCAGAUCUCCACUCUGGCUGAUGUGCAGGAAAAUGUAAUGGAAUACCUCCAUGUUCUGAGCCGACCUAAGGUCAUUGACCAGGAACAUGAUGUGGUAUGGACUGAAGCAUACAUUGACAACACUCUCCCUCAGGCACAAAAGCUCGCUGACAAUCAAGGAUUAGUUCUGAUGACUACAGUGGCCAUGCCGGUAUUCAGUAAGCAAAAUGAAACUAGAUCUAAAGGAAUUCUUUUGGGUGUAGUUGGCACAGAUGUUCCAGUGAAAGAGCUUCUGAAGACUAUUCCAAAAUAUAAGUUAGGUAUUCAUGGUUAUGCAUUUGCGAUCACGAACAAUGGCUACAUCCUGACUCAUCCUGAACUGAGACCAUUGUAUGAAGAAGGAAAAAAACGAAGGAAACCCAACUAUAGCAGUGUUGACCUUUCUGAGGUUGAGUGGGAAGACAGAGAUGAUGUGUUGAGAAAUGCAAUGGUGAAUCGAAAGACAGGAAAAUUUUCCAUGGAAGUGAAGAAGACAGUGGAUAAAGGGAAGCGGGUUUUGGUGAUGACAAAUGACUACUAUUACACAGACAUCAAGGGUACCCCUUUCAGUUUAGGUGUGGCUCUCUCUAGAGGACAUGGGAAAUAUUUCUUCAGAGGGAAUGUGACUGUGGAGGAAGGGUUGCAUGAUUUAGAACACCCUGACGUGUCUCUGGCAGACGAAUGGUCUUAUUGCAACACAGAUCUGCAUCCCGAGCAUCGUCAACUGUCUCAAUUGGAAGCUAUUAAACUCUACCUCAGAGGAAAAGAACCUUUGCUUCAGUGUGAUAAAGAAUUAAUCCAAGAGGUUCUUUUUGAUGCUGUGGUGAGUGCUCCAAUUGAAGCCUACUGGACCAGUCUUGCUCUCAACAAAUCGGAGAAUUCUGACAAGGGAGUGGAAGUUGCCUUCCUUGGAACCCGCACGGGGCUCUGGCGAGUUAACCUGUUUGUGGGAACCGAGCAGCUCACUAAUCAAGACUUCCUGAAAGCUGGAGAUAAAGAGAAUAUUUUUAAUGCAGAUCAUUUCCCGCUUUGGUAUAGAAGAGCAGCUGAACAGAUCCCUGGCAGCUUCGUCUACUCAAUUCCAUUUAGCACAGGAGCCACAAACAAAAGCAAUGUGGUCACUGCUAGUACAUCUAUUCAACUCCUUGAUGACAGAAAGUCUCCUGUAGUUGCAGCUGUAGGCAUUCAGAUGAAACUCGAAUUUUUCCAGAGGAAGUUCUGGACUGCCAGCAGACAGUGUGCAUCCCUUGAUGGUAGAUGUUCCAUAAGCUGUGAUGACGAAACCAUUAACUGUUACCUCAUAGACAAUAAUGGAUUUAUUCUAGUCUCUGAAGACUACAAACAGACUGGAAAUUUUUUUGGUGAGGUUGAGGGAGCUGUGAUGAACAAAUUAUUAACAAUGGGCUCCUUUAAAAGAAUUACACUUUAUGACUACCAAGCCAUGUGUAGAACAAACAAAGAAAGUAGCGACAGUGCUCAUAGCUUACUGGAUCCUUAUAAUGCCGCCUUUGCUGCAGUAAAAUGGAUAAUGACAGAACUUGUCUUAUUUCUGGUGGAAUUUAAUCUGUGCAGUUGGUGGCACUCAGAUAUAACAGCCAUAGCACAAAGGUUAAAACAAACCCUAGAGCCGUGUGACACCGAAUAUCCAGCUUUUGUUUCUGAACGCACAAUAAAGGAGACCACAGGGAACAUUGCUUGUGAGGACUGUUUCAAGUCCUUUGUCAUCCAGCAAAUCCCAAGCAGCAAUCUGUUCAUGGUGGUGGUGGAUAGCCAAUGCAUCUGUGAGUCUGUGUCACCAAUUACUAUGGCACCAAUUGAGAUCAGGUAUAAUGAAUCUCUUAAGUGUGAGCGUUUAAAAACUCUGAAGAUUAGAAGGCGUCCAGAAUCAUGCCAUGGAUUUCAUCCUGAGGAGAAUGCAAGAGAAUGUGGUGGAGUCCUGGGCCUUAAUGCUAAACCUAUUCUGAUUCUGAUUCCCCUGAUUUUAACCCUUUUGUCAAGGUGACACUGACUGAUUUCUUCUUUGGCAUGCUAAUACAUGGAUAAACUGUGAACUGAAAUAUGGUGCAACAUAGAAGAAAUGAAAUAUAGUCCAAACAUCAGCAUUUCAUGAUUUUAAACUGUGGGUGAUAUAAACUCUUUAAGAUAUGUUGACAAAAAAGUAUAUCUUUUUACUUUGCAAGUCAUGCAAAUGUAACAUUUCCAUGAUAAUCACACUUCAUCAGAAACAGGACAUCAGCUGGUAGACGCAGGUGGCCAUUUCUUUCUGCUUUGUCUCAUUGGAAACAAUUUAAAACUGUGUACUUUUUAAAUAAAGUAUAUUAAAAUCAUAA